AUGUAUCAUCGGCGACGGAGCGGCCGAUGCAUAUCAAGACGCGAUAAGAGCAACAUGUCAGAUAAGCCAUUACCUAUUUAUCACUGAACCUCAAUGCGCAGGGCAUUAAUGUCUUUGAAAUAUUCCUCAUCUGAGCGCUGGUAAAGAGUAGAAAUGAUUUCUUUAAUCGGGCAUGUUAUACUCUCGAUCCUUUACAUUGCGCUUGGGGCACAAAGCGAGUCGACGCUCAAUGUUGGUCCACAUUUUAAGUACAAGAUUGAAGAUUUGUCCGUAGACCUUCCAUUUUCCCAACCAGUAACGUUUGCGCAUUUGGAAUGGCAGAGAUGUCUUGCGCACUCUCAUAACGAGCCUCUUGACAUAGCUAUAUUGGGUUUCCCAUACGACACGUCGACAUCUUACCGUCCUGGUGCGAGAUUUGGACCUCGCGGUAUCCGUGCAGCUUCGUCGCGAGAAAAAAAGGGUCGAAGCUAUAAUUCACCAUGGGGUGUCGAUCCUUUCGAGCAAGGGCUUACCAUUAUUGAUUGUGGCGAUAUACCUAUUACACCGUUCGAUGCAGAGCAUGCGUUCAAGCAGAUGGAGCAAGGAUAUAGACAGAUCUUGUAUCACAAGACUAGUGAUAUCUCUGAUGGUUGGAAGCAUCCCCGGAUUCUUUCUCUCGGCGGUGACCAUUCUAUUGUGCUUCCAAUUCUCCGUAGUUUGAAGACUGUAUAUGGCCCAAUAUCUGUCAUCCAUUUGGAUUCUCAUCUCGAUACGUGGGAUCCCUAUGAGGGCUACAUUGGAAUCGCCUCGAAUCAGUCUGCCAUAACACAUGGGACAUUCUUCUGGCAUGCUAGCCGUGAAGGAUGUAUCAGCAAAGGCACAAGCGUCCAUGGUGGUUUACGGACAAAGCUUUUCUCAUCCAAGGACUACGAGAUCGAUCAGGACGUGGGUUUCACGUUGAUCGAGGCUCAAGAGAUCGAUGACAUUGGUGUGAAGGGCAUUGUAAACAAAGUCCGUACUACUGUGGGAGACACGCCAACGUACCUCAGUAUUGAUAUCGACGUUUUGGAUCCUUCCAUUGCGCCAGCUACUGGUACUCCCGAAUCAGGAGGCUGGACAACGCGCGAAUUGAAACGCUUCAUCAAGGGUCUUGAAGGUGUUCAUCUAGUAGGCGCCGACGUGGUCGAGGUCUCUCCGCCGUACGACACUGUAGCGGAAACAACUAGCAUUGCCGCUGCUGAUCUUCUGGUGGAUAUUUUGGCAUUGAUGGCAAAUGAUAAGGACUUUGGGGGAGACGUGAGGGGUACCAUGAAAGAUGAGUUGUAGGAGCAACGGUAACUAUGUCUGGCAUGCGAGAGGUCCUUGCCAACAGUUUCCCUAUCAAGAACAUCAUGAAAAUUUCAGACGGGCCCUCUUAUGCGGCAUACAGAGCAAUAAUAGCAAUCGAAACUUAAGACAUGCUGCUUAUUUAGGGCAACCAGUUCUGGUUGAGUAAGAAUUUGACAUACGUCAUCGGCGACCCGAGUGCCUCGCAGAUAUACUCUACCUAAUAUAUAGGCGUUUAUUG